AUGAAGUACACUCUCGCUACCAUUGCUGCCCUCGCCUCCGUGGCCCUGGCUAAGCCUGCUUUCCUCAACACCGAGUUCGAUCUCACUGAGGGCCAGCCUUACACCAUCAAGUACUCUGGCUGUGAUGAUGGCUGCACCAUUGUCCUCCAGAACGGCCCUUCUGACGAUCUCUCUGACUACAAGACCCUGACCACCGAUGCUACUGGUGACUCUUUCACUUUCACCCCCUCUGAGCUUCCCUCCGACACCUACAACUUCAAGAUCACCGACAAGGCUGGCGAGGUCAACUACAGCGCUCAGUUCCCCUACAAGGGAUCAUACGCCGCUCCCUCUGUCACCAAGUCCGCCACCGCUACUGCUGAGACCACUGCUGCCGUUUCCACCAAGGAGUCUACCACCCUUGCCAGCGUCACCAAGUCCGCUGAGGAGACCACCACUGUUGCUAAGCCCAUCAUUCCUACUCAUGCUCCUUCCAAGAACGCUACCACUCCUGCUGCUCACCCCACUCCCUCCAAGACUGGCAGUGCCGGCGGCGAGACCAGCGUCCCCAGCGUCCCUGAGAGCGGCGCUUCUCGUAUGACAUCCUCGCUGGCUCUUAUUGCCGGUGCCGUUAUGGCCAUGGUUUACCUCAACUAA